UUUUUCAUUCACAACUCACAAGCCCUAAUCUCACACAAUCUAUCAAAAUUUCCCAAAACACACACCAUGAAUCUAUACAUACACAUCCUUAUAUCUAUCAUCACAUUCUUCACCAUAAUCCCCAAAUUUUCAUCACAUUCAUCCCACCCAACAACAAUAUAUGACGCAUUAACAACAAAUGGGCUUCCAAUUGGAAUCCUCCCAAAAGGCAUAACAAAUUUCACACUUGAUCCAACAACCAACAAAUUCACAGUCACAUUAAACAAAACCUGCAACACAAAAUUUGAAACAAGUGUUAGAUUUGAUUGGAAUUUUUCAGGGGUUUUGAGUUAUGGGCAGGUCUCAAAUCUGUCAGGAAUUGCUGCUCAAGAUUUGUUUUUGUGGUUUCCUGUUAAAGGGAUUCAUGUUGAUGUUCCUACUUCUGGGUUGAUUUAUUUUGAUGUGGGUGUCGUCUUUAAACAGUUUGCGCUUUCUUCGUUUGAAGUCCCGAAAGAUUGUAACGAAUUCGGUGAUGGGUUCGGUGUCGAUUUGGUUGUGCUUAAGGUUAAGGACAGAAGUGAAAAUCCUCUGAAGCAACACGUCGAUGGAGAUGAAAAGAAAGCCAUUGCGUAAUUUCUUGAACUGCCAAGAUCAGGAGUGCAUCGAAGAGUUUGGGAUCGAUUAUUAAAGGUAAUCUUACUUGAGUCGGUUUCCUUUUAGAACAAUAUGUUUGGUUCUGUUUCUGAUCAUCAAUUUCACAUAUUGGGUCUGAUUUGGCUGUCAGACAUAAUCAUGUACAAUAUGUUUGUUCUUGAAUGAUUAGUAUGCCGGGUUAUACAUGUACAUGUAAUCAUAUAUACGUAGUAUUUUGGUUUAAUGUUGGUGUCAUGUAAGAUGGUACAUUCACGAAAACAUGGAAUACUAGUUGUAUUUGUGGUGUAUAUUCAUUUGUUGAUUGAAAAAUAUUAUAUAAGGGUUAUGGUUAUACGCUUA